AUGGAUUUAUUUCUCUUAGUUUUGUUCCUUGAUGUCAUUUUUAAGAACAGAGUAUUUGCAGUUGUAACAUUGACUUGUGACGAUUUUUUCAACUUUUCUGAUCUUGACUCGAAAAUUAAUGAUACGUUUUCUGCAGGUGACAUUUUGUUCAAUAUCAACGACGAGAUUAAUUAUUCAACAGACUGUGAAGACCAGCAACUUCUUAACCUUACAACAAGUCCUGAUGUCCCUGGAGAAACUGUUGUUUUAUUAGCUGUCGGGUUAUCUGAGUAUUGUAAAAGUUGGAUUUCUUGUGUCUUCGAAUGCACCAAGUCACAGAAACAUUUGAUCAUUCAGGCGCCAGUAAAUUUGACACAGGAAUACGAUUUACAGUUUGAAGAUCCAUAUUACACAGCAAAUGUCACGUGGAUGUCAGAAAUAAAUACGAACGUUAUUUUAAAUAAAGACCUAAUUGUAAAAGUUGCGAAUUGCUCCAAUGCGUUGAUGUUUCCAUCUUAUACUGGGAGAUACAGUCUAGAUCAAAGUGAAAGCAUUAUGCCAUUCACGUGGAGUGUAGAAACGAGUGGAAACAGUUUAUUUGUGAGUGAAGUUUUAAACGACACGAUCUCAGUGUUCAAUUUGAAAGUUGUUGCAAGUUUACAAAAUCCAGCAAAUCAUAGAAUAAAAGGAACAGCCACAUCUACUAUUAUUGUUUCUGUAAUAGACGAAAUUGAUGAAUGUUUUAUAAAUCCGUGUGAGAAUAAUGGUACGUGUGUAUACUUGUCAUUUGGAGAGUACAGAUGUGACUGUUCAGAUGGCUGGUCCGGAGAACAUUGUAAUGAAACCAAUAUUGUGCUAGAACCAAAUGAGGGAACGGACAUAAUUUCAAUAGUAGGUGGAACAGUUGGUGCUGUUUUUGGACUUCUACUUGCUGUGCUUGCAAUUGUCAUCAUAUUACGAAAAUACAAAAAAGACAAAGUGCAAAGCUUGAAAAAAUAAUUUAUUUUAAUUGAUUGUGAUAAAAAAUUAAUUUUCGCUGAGUGUAAUUUAUAAAUUAUUUGUAUUUAAUAUAGACUAUUGGAGACUAUCUGAUUACAGCGCUAGAGCAGAAGGUGACUUGUACGAUUUAUUCUGCGUUGUCUAUUAUUGUAUAAAUUAUCUUCUUUUCACAAUAUUUUCUUGUCAUGUGACGAUGCUUCCUUUACUUUCAGGCAGAAUGAAAACUGUACAAUUGGAUUUAUUUAGACUUAUCGUGAUCCUAGUAUAGGGAAUCUUAAGAGAGAUAAAUUUAGAGUCACUGAUUUCAUUUAAGAGUUAUCUGCCGUUGAUAGUUCUAACUUUAAGAAAAGAUAGCCACCAUCCAGGUUAGCAAGGCAUUAUUGUUUCAGCUUUAAAUGUAACUUCCUUUGUCAGGAUUUUGCAACAUUUAUUUACACAUUCUACAGGUUGUGAUAAAAGUACUUUGUAUGCACAGAAUUUUGACUUGUAAUGAAUGGUUGAUAAUGAACAUUUUUAUUCAGCCGAGCAGAUUCCGACGCAGAGCUAUGAAUUGACUGCUUAUAACACAGCAUUAGGAAUUGGCUUGACCCAAUAAUUACUAUAUCAUGAGAGAACUAGGAACUGACUGAACUUAGAACCAUACAUUGAUUACUCAUGUCAGAAACCUAGGAAAUUAUGAUAGAUUUUCUAUCAUUCUUAAUUGCCGUUAUCAUGAAGUGCUCAAACACAAGGUGACGAUCGCUAAUCGCCUAUUUAGAGUCAACCAGUAACUUUGUCGUUAGUUCGAAUUCAAAGCUGUGAUUUUCAUCUUUGAUCACAAAUUAGUUUCACUUUUCAUGGCUCAGAGCCAGUAUUGACUUCUCAUUACACGGUACAAAUAUAUUCCAGGCUAUUAAAACAGAUACAAGUAAGAUUUAAACAAUAUAACAGUGUUUUUAAUUACUGUAACAAAGAAAAUAUGUUUGG